AUGUCUUAUGUCGUGCAGGUAGUAGCAAAGCUUCAUGCAAUUCUUAGGCCAUUUCUUUUGCGUAGAAUGAAGUCUGAUGUUGAGCUAAUGUUGCCACGGAAAAAAGAGAUCAUUGUAUAUGCUAACAUGACUGAGCAUCAGAAGAGCUUGCAGGAACAUUUAAUUAAUGAGACACUAGGGAAAUAUUUGAAUGACAAACUUUCAAUUGGACGCUCUGUGACAAAGCUCAAUAAUUUGGUUCUUCAACUUAGGAAAGUCUGUAACCAUCUUGACCUCCUAGAAUCGGCUUUUGAUCGUUCAUAUUUUUAUCCUCCUGUGAAUGAGAUCAUUGAACAAUGUGGAGAAUUCCAUUUGCUCAACUGA